ACUUUUCCAACAAAAACAACACAAGUUGAAACUUCUCUCAUUAAUUGCCUCCUUCAUUUGAUCCUUUGAGAAAGAGGAAGAGAGAGGGGAUUGUUUUAAACUUUCUUUCUUUUAAUUGCCUCCUUCUUCUCUUUCUCUUCGAGGGUUUGUUUUUAUUAUUUUUCCUGUAAAAAGAAAGUUUAAAAAAGGGGUUGGGAAAGAGAAAGUUUGUUGAAGAUAAAUUCUGGGUUUUGGUGGGUUUUUGAAGAUAUGUUGGGGUGUGAAUGUUUUUGUUGGCAUGAUAAACACAGUGAUUAUGAUGAGUUCACCCCUUUGCCUCAACCUCAGCCUUUUUCUUUGCCUUCUCCAAUCCCAGAUUGGCCUCCAGGUCAAGGAUUUGCCACUGGAAAAAUUAACCUAGGAGAACUAGAAGUGGUUAAAAUCACCAAGUUUGAGAGUGUUUGGAGCUGCGAUUCGUUGCACGGUAAAGCUGAAGGUCCCACAUUUUACAAACCUGUUGGCAUUCCGGAUGGAUUUUUCUGUCUCGGUUAUUACUGUCAACCAAAUGACCAGCCCCUUCGAGGCUAUGUUCUUGUGGCUCGUGAAAGGGAAGGUUCGACUCCAGAAGUUUAUCGUGACUAUGACUCGGAUUCAGACUUUCCAGCAUUAAAGAAACCUGUUAAUUACUCAUUGAUUUGGAGUUCAGAUCUAGAUCGCAAUGGUUGUGGUUUCUUCUGGCUCCCGAACGCGCCAAUGGGUUACAAAGCAAUGGGAAUUUUGGUUACCGACACGCCCGAGGAGCCUGAUGACGAUGAAGUAAGAUGUGUUCGAGAAGAUCUUACAGAGACUUGUGAAAUUAAGGAUACCAUACAUGUUGCCGGUGCCCAUCCAUUUCAGGUUUGGAACACAAGACCAUGCAAAAGGGGAAUGUGUUGCAAAGGUGUUUCGGUUGGGACAUUCUUUUGCAGUACCUACUUUGUUUUGGAAAAUGAGGAAUUGGAGAUUGCGUGCUUGAAGAACCUGGAUCCCACGCUACAUGCAAUGCCGGAUUUAAACCAGAUUCAUGCUCUCAUCAACCACUAUGGUGCAACGGUUUUCUUUCAUCCUGAUGAAGACUGUCUGCCCUCGUCGGUGCAAUGGUUUUUCAAAAACGGUGCACUUCUAUAUGAAGAUGGUGAGCUUAAAGGCAAAUCUAUUGAUUAUCGGGGCUCGAACCUGCCCAGCGGAGGGACAAAUGAUGGUGCAUUUUGGAUAGAUUUGCCAGGAGAUAAUAAUGGAAGAGAUAAUGUUAAGAAAGGAAACUUGGAGAGUGCAGAGCUAUAUGUUCAUGUCAAACCAGCAGUGGGUGGAACAUUUACGGAUAUUGUGAUGUGGGUAUUUUGUCCCUUCAAUGGACCGGCCAAUCUCAAGAUCGGGUUAAUGAACAUACAGAUGAACAAACUUGGGCAACAUGUAAGUGACUGGGAACACUUCACUCUCCGGAUAAGCAACUUCACAGGGGAACUGUGGCAAGUUUACUUCUCACAGCAUAGCGGUGGUGAGUGGGUUGAUGCUUUCGACCUGGAAUAUAUUGAAGGUAAUAAGCCAAUUGUUUACUCAUCCAGACAUGGACAUGCUAGUUUUCCGCAUCCCGGGACUUACCUUCAAGGGUCAGUGAAACUCGGGAUAGGGAUUAGGAACGAUGCUGCACGAAGCAAGUAUUUUGUCGACUCAAGCACGAGGUACAAGAUUAUUGCAGCAGAGUAUCUUGGAGAUGGAGUCGUUACAGAACCAUGUUGGUUGAAUUACAUGAGAGAAUGGGGUCCAACCAUAGUAUACGAUUCACGAUCUGAACUGGAUAGGAUAAUUAAUAUGCUCCCCUUUUUUGUUCGAUUUUCAGUGGAGAACAUCUUUGACCUGUUUCCUACGGAACUUUAUGGCGAGGAAGGACCAACCGGGCCGAAAGAAAAGGAUAAUUGGGAAGGGGAUGAAAGAUGUUAGUUUCAACAUAUAUACAUUUGCACGCUUGUACGCUUGUAUAGUCAUACUAAAGCACGGUUUUGGUAUAUUGGAGGACCUCCAAGAGGCAGUAUGUAAUUUGGUUUCGGAACAGCAACAGACACAUUCAUGUUGCAGAGUAUCUAUGCAUGUUGAAAGUAGUUUCCGAUGCGCCCAGAGCGCUCGAUCUCAUUCAGCACAUAGAUAAAGAAGUCUGAAGUAGUAUAAAAACUCUGCAGUUCCCCAUGCAUCCUGGUUGUGCAUAUAUAGCUCCUGUUGUAGUGCUUGUGCUUGUUAAGGGACUUGCGGAUUUGCCAUGAAACCUUGCAAAAUUUGGAAAAGAAAAAGAGUUGAAAGCUCUCAAAUUGUCUGUAAAAUCUGGUGUGUUUGAUCAGUUCAUGUCGUAUUCAUCAAUAUAAUGAAUGGUUUAGAUGA